AUGUCGCGACUGCUAUCCUCGGCGCUCUCUUUGCGGCGCGAUCCCCGGAUCCUCAAGCUCCCCCCCUACCUAUCCCUGAUGUGCAUCGCCGUUGGCGUCAUCUGGCUUCUGCUGCUGCCACUGGACGAAUACUCACGGCGCACGUACAUUUCGGAGAAUGCGCUUCUGCCCGGUCAGGUACACACAUACUUCGGAGGAAGCGAGCAGAACGUCUUUCGAGCCUAUCGCCACGAAGUGGACAACUUGGCAAGCCAGAGCAAUUACGCCCACAGAAUCAACGAUAAGCUAGAGACUGUCAUGAAGGGCGUGGGCAUCAAGGUCGGACGACAGAACUACACCUAUCACUCCGCGGGGGAAGAGUUCACCGGCGAAAACGUAUACGGAAUACUGCAAGCCCCACGUGGGGAUGCCACCGAGGCGAUUGUUCUCGUCGCAGCGUGGACGAGCAUCGAGGGGGCGCUGAAUCGCAAUGGCUUGGCCUUGGCCUUGACGCUGGCCCGUUACUUCAAGCGCUGGUCUCUUUGGUCCAAGGACAUUAUCCUCUUGGUGCCCCCAGACAGCAGGACUGGCACACAAGCCUGGGUCGAUGCGUACCACGAUGCUCACGAUCCGAGCACCGUUGCUUCGCUCCCGUUAAAGUCCGGAGCACUACAGGGCGCCGUUGCCAUCGAUUAUCCCUUGGAGCAGCCAUUCGACGGCAUCCAUAUCGUGUACGACGGUACAAACGGGCAACUGCCUAAUCUUGACCUCAUUAACUCCAUUGUCAAUAUUGCCGGGGGCCAGAUGGGCAUCCAGACGGCCAUCCAGGACAUGAAGCAUCAUGCAGGGGGGUACCUGGACCGGCUGAAGACGAUGCUCAGAGGUAUGCUAAACCAGGGGCUCGGCAAUUCAGCAGGUCCGCAUAGCAGCUUCAUCCCGUACCAUGUCGACUCGGUGACGCUGCAGCCCUACGGCCAAGGCUGGCACGACGAGAUGGCCAUGGGCAGAGUGGUCGAAGGGACCUUUAGGAGCCUGAACAACCUGCUGGAACAUCUGCACCAGAGCUUCUUCUUUUACCUGCUGAUGCAGAGAGACCGAUUUGUUAGCAUCGGCACCUACUUGCCCAGCGCCAUGCUGCUCUCGGCCAACUUCACCAUCAUGGCCAUCUUUCUCUGGGUCAAAAGUGCCAAAUCGAAGGGAGACUCAUACAAAACAGCGGGACAAGGCGAAGCCACGCGUCCACCGCCAUCGACCGUUGAGCGGGACCUUGCCCUCCCGCUUGGCGUCGUGGCCGGGUGCCAAGCCGUCUCGAUUGUGCUCCUUUUCGUCUUCAACAGACUGCCCGCCAGUAUGCUCUCUCCCGCAUUCACCGUUUUCUCAAUAGCCUCGGCUGCCUUACCACCCGUUGCCUCGCAGCUAAUCGCAGCCGUUUCUGCACCAACAGCACAGCACUUUCAACUCACCAAAUCCUUCUCAUUGCUCAUCCUGGGCAUAACACUAGCCACACUCGCCACGCUCAACUUUUCGCUGGCGUUUCUCAUCGGACUGCUGGCCUCACCCUUGACCUUUGUCCAACCGACGCGCAGCAUCGCUGCCAGGUAUUGCCUGGCAGGGCUACUGAGCGCCGUGGCACCCCCCGUCGUCGUAUACACGGCGGCGCAGCUCUGGGGCGUGCGCGUCGCGGAUGUACUGAGCGGAGCGAGCUUUGGGUGGAACGUAUGGGGGAUGCAUACGGCCGUGGUCGUCUGGUGCCUGUGGUGGCCUGCCUGGCUCGUAGGCAUGAUCAAUGUCCUGGGGACUGUCUCCAAGUAG